AUGUCAGCAGAUGCUACUGAUGAGUAUAUUAAAAUAGAUAAAUCUACCGUCAUUGAAAGUUUGAAGAGAUUUUGUUGUGCCGUUAUCGAAAUAUUUGUUGAGCAAUAUCUAAGAUCGCCUUCUGUGAAUGACAUUGAGAGACGACUCCAUGUUAAUAAACAACGUGGUUUUCCCGGAAUGUUGGGCAGUCUAGAUUGUAUGCAUUGGAAAUGGAAAAAUUGUCCAACUACAUGGGCAGGACAGUAUGGAGGUCAUAGUGGAUCCCCAACUAUUAUCCUCAAAGUUGUAGCUGAUUAUGAUCUUUGGAUAUGGCAUACAUACUUUGGACUUCCUGGUUUGAAUAAGGAUAUUAACGUUUUGAAGAGAUCUCAUCUUUUCGUAAACCUCACUCAAUGUAUUGCUCCUCCGACUCAAUACGUCAUUCAAGGAAGACAAUAUAACAUGGGUUACUAUCUAGCUGAUAUUAAUCAAAUAGCAAACAUCAGAAAACAUAAGUUUAUUGCUCUUGACAUAUCUGUCAAGAAUUAUUUGUCAUCGGUCCUCGAUGUUGAUUUCACUUUAUUUCAAAAGCGGCAAUAUCGUGAGCGUGUUUCAAAAAGUACUCGAAACUCGUAA